AUGAGCUCUGAGAGCGAACAGGAGUCAGAAAAGCUCAGAUCGGAGCCCAGCCCCUCUGGCACUGAGAGUUUCCACUCUCAGUAUGUAGUUUUAAAUACCAUCGGCCAGGGGGGCUACGCCAAAGUCAAGCUGGCAAGGCACCGCCUCACAGGCAAGCUCGUGGCUGUCAAAAUAAUCCGCAAGAGGCAGCAAUGGUGCCAUCUGGUCACCUCUGAGGUCGAAAUAUUGAAGAUGACCAACCAUCCCAACAUCAUCUCUCUGUUUCAAGUCAUUGAGACUGAGAAGAGAAUAUACCUCAUCAUGGAGUUGGCCGAGGGUAAAUCACUUUUCCAACAUGUCCGAGAAGCUGGUCACCUGCAGGAGGAUGAGGCACGGACAAUAUUCAAACAAAUAUUAGGUGCCAUGAACUACUGCCAUGACCAGGGAAUAAUCCACAGAGAUUUAAAACCUAAUAAUAUUAUUAUAGACAGUAAUGGAAGAAUAAAAAUUAUUGAUUUUGGGCUCAGCACCCAAGUGAAGUCAGGGCAACAGCUGAGCUUUCACUGCGGGACUUAUCCAUAUAGUGCUCCUGAGUUGCUCCUUGGGAGACUUUACGAAGGCCCCAAGGUCGAUGUAUGGACCCUAGGGGUUCUAUUGUAUUUUAUGAUAACUGGAAGGCUCCCAUUCAUUGCUGCCAACAGAUCACAGUUGCAAAGGCAGAUUGUGUUGGGAAACUAUCCUAUGCCCCGUUGCCUGUCAAUGGAGCUCCAGGACAUGAUUAGUUACCUACUGACAAGGAAUCCAAACCACCGGCCAACAAUCACUCAAGUAAUGAUGCAUCCUUGGCUCAAGGAGGACUCAGAGGAGUUCCCAGAUCCUUGUGAGAAACAGAUCUCCCUCAGGCCAGACCCAGCCAUUGUAAAAGCCAUGGAACACCUUGGAUUUCGAGCACAAGACAUUAAAGACUCACUCUACCAUAGAAAAUACAACGAGGCCAUGGCUUUAUAUUGCUUUUUCAAAGAGCAGGCUGGUCAGGAGUGUGACAGCCCUACCCUGGCUCAACCCAUGAAUCAAUUGAUAACACCAUACCCUUCUUAUGAUUAUAAUGCUACUUUCCACCUGGAACUAAGGAGAAGAAGCGAGCCCAUCUUGUUUUCUUCCUCUUCCAACAGUCAAAUAUCUACUCAUGGACAGAAGGUGAAGCAGAGAGAAGGCAGAAGAGUCAGUUGGCCUGGUGUUCCUCCCUACAGGUCACUCCAGACUACACCAACAAUGGGCCAAGCCCACAUACGUUUUAGGAGUGUCCCCUUCGGGUACUCAAUGCAUUUCAGAGAGAGGAGCAGCACCAGUGCCUCAGCAGAGCACAAGCCUGUCCCCAGCAGGGGCCAGCGCACAGGAUUCAAGGGAUGGGCCAGAAAGAUAGGAAAUGCUCUAAGGAGUCUCUGUUGUUGUAUACCAGCAAGAAAGAAACGUCGCCUGGGGGAGAAGAGAGUCUCCCCACAGACAUAA